CUCCUGUGAUUUUUAACUAUUUUAUUAGGUUUUCCACCACUUUUCUUACUUAAAUGCUCUCAAAUUAAGUAUAUGUUUAAUAAGUUGUCGGAAGAAUGUAAAAUUUCCCGGGAAAAUCCUUAAAAAUUGGUGGAAAAUUGACCCAAAAUGAGGAAGAUUAUGAAAUCCGGGAAAGUCGUACUUGUCCUGAGUGGACGGUACGCAGGAAGGAAGGCCAUUAUUGUGCGAACAUUUGACGAUGGUACAUCAGACAAGCAGUUUGGGCAUGCUCUCGUGGCUGGAAUUGAUCGGUAUCCCCGGAAGGUUACCGGCAGUAUGGGCAAAGCUAAGCUAAAGAAGAAGUCCAAGAUUAAGCCUUUCCUCAAGAUUCUAAAUUACAAUCACCUCAUGCCAACACGCUACAGCGUAGACAUCCCCUUUGAGAAGGUGUCCGUGAGGGAUUUGAAGGAUCCGGUGAAGAGGAAAACACACCGCUUCCAAACCCGCGUCAAGUUUGAGGAGCGAUACAAGGCCGGAAAGAACAAGUGGUUCUUCCAGAAGCUCCGUUUCUAAGUGUUUGCUGGCAAGUUUAUAAUAAAUGACUUAUUAUAGACUAAA